AUGGACGAGGCUCGUCAUAAUCGGCAGCGUCCCAGAAAUCGACAGUGCCACGUGACUCAUGACCAGAUCCGUGAAGUUGUCGAGCAUAUUACCAAACCACCCUUGGUAUCAAUGGCUGAAAGUCAAGCGUUAUUCCAUUAUCUCGUUGCUUUACUCCAAGAGACAAGAUUCCCAAUGUCUAGUGACGCUCAACAAGUUGGUGAAGCUUUCAGGGCUCUAGACAGAUUCUUGAUAGACCCUGCCGCUCAACCCUGGAUGCUUAGAAUAAGCUUUUGGCGACUGGCAGCAAUGAUACACGACUUGUUGGCGAUUGUUCAACAAAGCCGAUAUGAUCGCAAGUUCAGCGAAAGAGGUAAGAGUGUCAGAAGUAUCGCUUUGGGCAUCCAAAAGCAGGUUGUUUCGCCAAUGACAUCGACUCGGCAACUGAGGAUGCGCUGGCGACUUGCAAACCGUUGGAGUGCAUUCGCAGAAGGUUCCUUGAUUCCACUAGUGCUUACAAUCCAUGACCAACCUGAAAAUAUCAUUCGAGACUUUUCGUACAAACUCGACGUUUUGCGGGCUCUCGGUCAAAGUGUCAAACGCUCGUAUCCAGCUAAAAUCAUUGACGAGGCGACAGAACUCAUCGAUUUAGCCACAGCAUGUGCUCAAAACAAGUGCAAUUCAAUACGACUAGACCUUUUGUUAGCUACUUUUAUCGAUGCACGCCGCAGUACGAAAUGCUUGGGUGCAGAGAAACACCAACUCGAUGAAGAGGGGGAUAUUGAGAUGAUCGAAGCUGGAGAAUGGGGAUUAGUGCAUGGCAGUGAGGUGGAUUAGUGGCAGAUGG